AUGGCAGGAGGGUCUUUUGGGCCAAGUGGGGUGGCAGAAGAGAAAGCAGAGCAGUAUAUGGGAAGGGUCACUGGUUUUGUUAUCAUCGCCUGUAUAGUUGCUGCUGUAGGAGGAUCACUCUUCGGCUAUGAUAUUGGGAUUUCAGGAGGAGUCACCUCAAUGGAUGGAUUUCUCGAAAAAUUCUUCCCUGUAGUUUACAGACAAAAAAGGCAUGCGCAUGAAAACAACUACUGCAAAUACAACAACCAAGGCCUUGCAGCAUUUACCUCUUCUCUAUAUCUUUCUGGCUUGGUGUCAUCUCUGGUAGCAUCCCCUAUCACAAGGAAGUAUGGACGUCGAAGAAGUAUCAUCUGUGGUGGAUUAAGCUUUAUUAUAGGAGCAACUUUAGACGCUUCAGCGGCAAAUCUGGUGAUGCUCAUUUUAGGUCGGAUCAUGCUUGGUGUUGGCAUUGGAUUUGGCAACCAGGCAGUGCCACUGUAUUUGUCAGAAAUGGCACCAACUCAUCUUCGAGGAGGCCUUAAUAUGAUGUUUCAAUUGGCAACUACACUUGGGAUCUUCACAGCAAACAUGAUAAAUUAUGGAACUGAAAAGCUUCGGCCAUGGGGGUGGAGGCUUUCCCUAGGCCUUGCAGCAGCACCAGCUAUUUUGAUGGCAAUAGGUGGAAUAUUUCUCCCUGAAACCCCUAACAGCUUAAUUGAAAGGGGACUAAAAGAAAAGGGACAAAAAGUUCUCGAGAAAAUCAGGGGAACCUCAGAUAUCCACGCAGAAUUGCAAGACAUAAUUGAUGCAAGUGAUCUUGCAAACUCCAUUAAGCAUCCUUUCAGAAACAUCCUUGAGAAGAGGAACAGGCCCCAGUUGGUCAUGGCAAUCUUCAUGCCAACUUUUCAGAUACUCACAGGCAUAAAUUCCAUUCUUUUCUACGCCCCCGUGUUGUUUCAGAGUAUGGGAUUUGGCAGAAAUGCUUCUCUCUACUCUUCGGCUGUGACUGGUGCAGUACUUGCUUCAUCGACUUUCAUAUCUAUUGCAACUGUUGAUAGAUGGGGCCGCAGAGCUUUACUGAUUAGCGGAGGAAUACAAAUGAUUGUGUGUCAGGUGAUAGUAGCAAUCAUACUGGGGCUCAAAUUCAGCAGUGACGGAGGACUUUCAAAGAACUUCUCUAUAUUAGUUGUGGUUACCAUCUGUCUCUUUGUUGCAGCUUUCGGGUGGUCAUGGGGACCUCUGGGCUGGACAGUCCCCAGCGAGAUAUUCCCAUUAGAAACUCGAUCUGCUGGACAGAGCAUUACAGUAGCGGUAAAUCUAUUCUUCACAUUCAUAAUAGGGCAAUCUUUCCUCACCCUUUUAUGUGCAUUCAAGUUUGGAAAUCUAUUCUUCACAUUCAUAAUAGGGCAAUCUUUCCUCGCCCUUUUAUGUGCAUUCAAGUUUGGGAUUUUCCUCUUCUUUGCGGGUUGGAUUACCAUCAUGACAAUCUUUGUCUAUCUCUUCCUUCCCGAGACGAAGGGCGUGCCCAUCGAAGAGAUGAUAUUCUUGUGGAAAAAACACUGGUUCUGGAAAAGAAUUGUCCCCAGAUACUCAGAUGCUGAAGGGGAGUAG